AAAAGUGCCGACUUUUGUUAUUUUUUUACCCCGACAGUGCACCCCGCGCAGGUUGCAAAAGUCAGGGUGGGAGAGAGAGAGACACCAACUUCGUCUUCUUCGUCAUUAUUUUAAUUAUUAUUUAUUUGUUUCGCCACUUUCGACAUGAAGUCGUCGUUGUCGUCGACUUCCUCCCGCAAUAAUUCGAGUUUUCUCCGUAAUGCGUCCGCGACGUCGAUCUCCUCCCAGGGAGGGAGUGGUGGUGGUGGAGAUGCCUUGGCGAGAAGGGUGGCUGAACUUUAUAAACAUUUGACGGGUGGGAAAGUAAUUGGGGACCGUGAUCUCUGCGAGGUCGUCUCCUCCCUGACCUACACCUCUGAACCUACUAACACCCAGAAUGAGACCAGAUUAAUAGAAAAGCUCAAACUCCACUUGAUCCAUCAAGAUCGUGCCGUCGAGUCGAAACGGUUUCUCGAACUGUCCCAAAAACUGAGAGGAAUCCCCCUCCUCAAAAAUCGUGAAGCCAUGAUCACCCUCUUUUUCGACCUCUUUGAUAAGGAACCAACCCGUGCAGCGAUACAAGCAAGACGCGCAGCCAGAGGUCAACCUCCCCUCAUGACGCCUCGACAACAAUCCGACCCCAACAGUAACCUCGAAUUCGACGGGUUCACCCCCAUGCCGACCUUUUCAUUCGUAUCGGAUCGUGCAAUGAGUGAUAAAAUUCAUCGCAGCGUGAGCAACGUGCCCUCUUUGACGUCGCCACCGUCGUCGACGUCGACGCGUCCAGCAGGACAUCCUAUGACGGACAGCGGCUAUGGAGCGAAUAACAAUAAUAACAUGGAGAAACUUCUGAACAAUGGGGGUAGCCUUUUGCCCAGUAAAGUUAUCGCGUUUCCUGUCGAUCACCAAGGAGGAGGAGGUCGUAGACCGUUUGUUAGUGGAAGUAGUGGUGGAGGUGGAAUGACCCAGUCGAUCUCGAUGGGGAACGGAAGAGGGGGACGAAGUGAGCUGCAUUUAUUUGGUAAAAAUGAUGCCGCCCCUGUUAAUAAAAUGAAUGGACAUCCUCGCACGAGUGGUGGUGGUGGAGGAUUGUAUCUGUCGCCCCGACAAAUUGAGAAAGAUUUGAUCCGUGAUCUAAUCUUCGUCUUCCAAGGGAUUGACGGUGCCAUGAUUAAAUGUGAUGCGAAAGGAAAUUUCAACGUUGCUGCAAAGAAACCGAUCCAUCCCGGAUCUCGCCUCCAAGCCCUCCGCCUCGCCGAACUGGGCUACUUUUACAAACAAAUUCGCACCUAUUGCGACACUGCGAGGGUGGGACUUAUGGCACAAGGCUUGAAACAUGCGUUGGACAUCGAACUCCAAGAAUAUUAUCGUCUCCUCGCCAUCGUGCAAGGACAGGUCCAACAAACCACAAUCAUAGCUGACACCCCUCUUAGCGAGCAGCUUCCGUUAACCUCCCCCGGGGAAGAGAUGACCCUUUUAAAACUGACCGUCUGGAUGUGGGACAUUCGCCCCCGUCUCGACGCCCUCUCCUCGAUCAUCACGACUUGUGAAUCCUUCAAAGGCGGCGAGCUGUGUUCCAUGCUCUAUAAAUAUUCUCACCACGGUGACCCCAUGAUUCGCGCCGUGACGAAGUCACUCCUCUCCACAACGGCAAAACCCCUCUACUUGAUGUUAUGCCAGUGGAUCCUCUACGGCGAGUUGGAAGAUCCCUACGGAGAAUUUUUCAUCGAGGCGGACAUCUCCUGCAAAAAGGAGCGCUUGUGGCACGCAAAGUAUCACAUUCGAUCUUCCAUGCUCCCUUCGUUUAUCUCGAUCAAGCAGGCCGAACGCGUUUUGGCGACGGGAAAAAACAUCAACUUUUUGAAAGAUAUUUGUCAUCAUAAUCAAGGUUAUGAGGGGCGUGGACGGAUAAAAGAGUGGCUCGCGGAUAACCCAGUCGACUGCAUGUUCACCGAGGACGACAAAGUGUUAACCACCGUGAUCGAGAAAGCGUACAAGACCACGUCUAAAAUGGUUUUAGAAGUUUUAAUCAAUGAAUCCAAGCUGAUCGAUCAUUUAAAAGCGUUAAAACACUACUUGCUCCUCGGUCAAGGAGAUUUUAUCCAACAUUUGCUCGAACUUGUGCAAGAGGAGCUGCAAAAACCUGCCAACAAGCUGUACACGCAUAACAUCUCCGCCAUUCUGGAAUCCGCCGUUCGCGCGACGAACGCACAGUUCGAACCGGAGGAAAUCCUGUGUCGCCUUGAUACCCGGAUUUUACCCGUGAACGAUCGUGACCUUGGUUGGGACGUGUUUUGCCUCGAUUACAAAGUGCACGGUCCGAUCGGUACGGUUCUCACGGAGGACGACAUGAUCCGUUAUAAUCAAUUGUUCAACGCGUUAUGGCGAUUUAAGAGGAUCGAGAUGAUUCUAAGUACAUUGUGGAAAGAUCAAACCGCCCUGUUCAAGUUUCAAAGGGUGAUUCCGGAAUUGGGUCCAGUUCUUCACCGUUCGCAGCUCUUAAUCUCAGAAAUGAUCCAUUUUGUCCACCAAACGCAAUAUUAUAUCAUGUUCGAGGCGACCGAGUGUGCAUGGGACAGAUUGAUGGAGGAGGUUUCCCGGUCUGUUGAUCUCGACGAAAUCAUUUCCGCUCACCACCGCUUCCUCGAAGCCAUCACGUCUCGAUCCCUUCUCGACUUAAAAAACCGCGAGUUGCUCAACCAACUCCGUGGAAUUUUCGACUCUGUCCACGAACUGAAAUCGUUCCUCUCUGACUUUGAAUCAGAAGUGGAGAAGGAACUCGCCCACCGAAAAAACACCCUCACCUCGUCCGACCCCAUCUCGCAAACCAAAGAAUUCUUCACAUCCUACAUCCGCCACGCGAAAGGCAAGAUAGAAACGCUCCACACAACGACGCAAGACCUCGUGCGAUCUUUCCUGCUCGUGCUAAAUCGCCAACCCGACUUGACCCUGCAAUGUCUCUCGUUCCGCCUCGACUUCAAUGAAUAUUAUCACUUUAAAGAUUUCCGUUUGUCUCAACCCCUCACGCUUCAGCAGAGGCGCAUGUCCUCCAACACCUUCGACCCGACCAACAUCCGCAUGACGACGUCCGGCCUGAACCAAUCAUUAUUUAAUUCUUCCUCCAUCCUGGAGAGCUUCGGUGAAUAAAAAAACCGGAGUUUCGACGGGGUGGGUAACACAGGUAGAAGAAAACGUGUAAGGUAGCAAUAAUUAUUUAAUGAGGAUUUUUUGUGUUGUAAAAUCGAGUAGUAGACAAAAAAGUUAUGUAAAUUGUAAAAUUUCGAAGGGAGGAAGAAAGGGUGGGAUUUAUGAUAGAUUUGUAACACCUGAUGUGUCAUCGUGAUCUGUGUAACGAAAUGUUUGUCAGUUUACGAAUUUUACAGAUUUUGCAUCGUAAUCUGUGUAAAAUUGUGGAAAUUUUUGGAAAUUUGCCGAUUUUAUGAGGAGUCAGAAAUCCAUCUAAUCCUUUCACCUCUCUGAGAUAAAAGUUGUCCCGUUUUUGGUGUCAUUGUCGUUCUCGUUGUUCUCUUAUCUCGGUGUUGAUCUAUCUUGAUGUUGAUCGUGUGUAAAUAUAGUGUCGUUGAUGUUGUUGUAAGGUAACUUUGUGGGCGAGGAGAUUAUGAACGAGUUGAAAUUUUGUUUGUUUUUCGGAAUUAUGUAAAAAUUGGGUCGUGAUUUUGGAAGGGUUUGAGUUUGAGUUCAUGAUUUUUUCGGGGAUGGUGUUUUUUGGAAAGGGAUGAGUCGAAGGUGUUUAAUUAAUUCUUAGUUAAGCUAAUUACUUACAUGUUUCCCGACAGACUGUUAAUUAUAGUGAUAAUUUAAUGAAACGGUGUCUAGUUUUUCGAAGUACGCGCUUAAAAAUCCAAAAUAGUGAGUAAUUGAUGAUCUAAACACAUAAUACCCUUAAUUGUUGCUAAUCAUUGAAGUUAUAUAGUGAAGUAGUUAGUUAAUUAAUUAUGCAUGAUACUCAUACCUGUAAUUGGAACGUAUUGUAAUUAUUGCAUGUGCCAAUUACAUACAUAUUGCAAAAAUAUUCGUCUAGUUUGGCUAAGAAUUUCUAGUUUGUAAACUAUUUAAUCACGAGAUUAUUAUGAACAAUGUUACCGAAAUUCUAUUUAAAAACGUCACAAAAAGACAAUAUUUGUCCAACUUUGGACAAAUCUACAUAUGUUUCUCUCGAACUUAAUUUGCAAAAAAAGUCAGUAUUAUCGAGAAAUUAGGGGGAAAAAGUGUAAAAAUUUAGACCCAUCACUUCGCACCACUUUAAAGACCAAUUAAUACUGAGUAGUAAAUUAAAAAUAAUUAUGUAAUGUAAAAUAA